CAGUCGUUAAAGAUAAUUUUUAGUUCAAUAUUAACGAGGGGACAAUAUCCGGUCCUUAAAAAACAUAAUAUCCAGUCGUUCCAGCAAAUAAAAUAAGGCGCUAAUUUUUCCCCCCUUUUUUUCCCCAACCCCACCCUCCCCAUCAUCCGCAUUCCCACCAUUUUUCCUCAACCCCACUCCCCUUCAUACGCAACACCCACCCCUCAAAAGAAAAGAAAAAACGGCUUCUUAAUUUAUAAUGCUUGGAUAUACAUUAAUUAAUUAUUUCUCUGUAUGCUCAAUUUUUUAGAGGAGACUCACACUAACUUAAUUAGCUAGAAAGAAGGGUAACUAUCAGAAUCAAAAGAGAUAAUUGAGUAAAAAUGCAGUAGAAGGAGUUUGCAACGUUGCUACACAUACGGCUAAGUCCUAGCAAGCGGCUCAAUUUCAGGAAUUCCGCAACAAAUUCUUUGGAUAAACACCAAGGGCUGCUGAACAAACUGAUCUGAAGAUAGGAUUGAAAGUUUGGUACAACGUAGUGAAAGGAACCAGCUUUUGAGAAAGAAGCUUAUCUCAACAAUUUUACAAUUUCCUUCUCCUUCACAUCAAGAUUAUGGCACCUAAUAAGCAAUGGAUGGAACUUAUUAAUGAUAGACUUGCUGAUGCUUACGUAGAUGGGGUGGAAAUUUUUUUAGAUUAUGCUUUUACAAGAUUGGGAGAACCACAAUUGAUACGUUGUCCCUACAUCAAAUGUGGUAAUGCAACUUCUAGGACACGUGUUGUGGUCAGGUCACAUUUGAUAGUACAUGGGAUAAUACCAGGUUAUACUUUUUGGUAUCACCAUGGGGAGAGGUCAGGUGAAGCACAACCAGAUUCUGAAUUUAUAAAUGAGAAUGACAUUGAAGAGGGUGAUGGUGAGGAUGAAAUACAUGGGAUUUUGAGAGAUUUGUAUUAUAAUGGAGAUAAUAUGAACAAUAAUGAUGAGGAGGAACCAAAUCUUGAAGCAAAACGAUUUUAUAAGCUACUGGAGGAUUUUGAGCUGCCUUUAUAUGAAAGUGCAAAAGUUUCUAAACUUUCUACUUUGGUUAAAUUGCUUCACAUUAAAAGUAUUGGUCAUUGGAGUAACGAGUCAUUUACGAUGUUAUUAAAGUUUUUGAUAGAAGAUUUAUUGCUUGAUGGAACAAACUUGCCGAAUUCAUAUUACGAGGCAAAGAAGGUUAUUCGAGAUCUUGGUCUUUCUUAUAAGAAGAUUGAUGCGUGUAAGAAUGAUUGCAUGUUAUAUUGGAAGGAUGAUAAUUGUCUUGAAUCUUGCAAAGUUUGUGGGGCAUCCGGAUGGAAGGAGGAUAAACAUAGUGGGGAAACCAAAUUUAAAAAGUGGAAAAAAGAUACCAUACAAGAUUUUACGUUAUUUUCCUCUAAAGCCCAGACUUCAAAGAUUAUUUAUGUGCUCAAAGACAUCUCCUCUUAUAUCAUGGCAUCAUGAUAAAAGAGUUGAUGAUGGGAUUAUGAGACACCCAGCUGAUUCAAUGGCAUGGAAAAACUUUGAUGAACUUCACCCAUCUUUUGCUGCUGAGCCUCGUAAUGUAAGACUUGGGCUUGCUAGUGAUGGGUUUCAACCAUUUGGAAUGUCCAGGACUCCAUACAACAUUUGGCCCGUGGUACUUAUUCCUUAUAAUUUACCACCUUGGCUUUGCAUGAAGCAAGAGAAUUUUAUUUUGUCAAUG